UGGCCGCGUAAGUUCUCGCAAUGCGACCGCAGGGCAAAACAUGAGCAUCCACCCUUUCAAUCUUCCAAUCCAUACAUUGAGACUCUGCCCAGACCCUCCCAGACUCUAUCCAGCCAUGACAGCGAGGAUUAAGCUCUUACUAGAAACAGGCACAGGGUGUGGGUCCGCAGUUCUGUGAAGUAGCUUACACUAUUAUUGGUUUCGUACAAUAAUCGCCAUGCGCCUGAGGCUGUUGCGCUCAUCCUAGUUGGUUUGGGUCUUUCUUGUCCGGCGCGCCUCUCACGCUCUCUUUGCUCCUCCGGACAUACACACACUCUCUUUCUCUCGCGCCCUCCUCCUAUUCCUCUUUCUUUCCCUCUUCACUACUCUCUCUUUCGAUUCUUGCUCUUCGAUAGUCUGCUGUGCAGUUCUCGAAUGAGUCUGCAUGUCUGUGACAUUUACGCUCUUUAUCACUUUGACUUCCAGCUGGACUGUGUGUUGCUACAGUCACAAUCAACAAUUAUUAGCGCCAAAAUGAAGAGAAUCAAGUCAUCAAUAGGGUUCGCCCUCGAGCUUAUGCUGAUCACCUCCACAGUUCGUGAAGCCCUUCUCAUUGUUCUGGUCUAUCGCAUGUCUUCUUCAAUACUAAUGCGGUAACAGGUGGUCGUCGCCGCCCCCGAGCCAGGAAUUAACCUCAGCAACAACAUCGGCCCUGGCAUCCAAGGAAGAAAAGUACCAAACCUCCGUGUGGGCACCGUCAAUGUC